GUAAAUCCCACUUGUCAGAGGAAAGGACUCGAGAUUCUGCAUGUGUGUUUGUUUAGAUUUCCAUGUGACACCAACUUCAUUUAAAACUGCAGAUAAAACCUCCGGACUACCGCCGUCUGUCAGUGUAUCACAGCAGUGAUGGGCAAAAAGGGCAAGAAAGAAAAGAAGGUGAAGGGAGCGGAGAAGACUGCCGCCAAAAUGGAGAAAAAGGUUUCAAAGAGGUCCAAACGAGAAGAGGAGGAUUUGGAGGCUCUGAUUGCUGAGUUUCAGAAUUUGGACGCAAAGAAGACCCAAGUUGUUGAGACAACAUGUCCACCUCCAUCACCGAGGUUGAGUGCGUCUCUCUCUGCCCAUCCUGAGAAAGAUGAACUCAUCCUGUUUGGAGGAGAGUUCUUCAAUGGAAAGAAGACGUACCUGUACAACGAUCUGUAUUUCUACAACAUCAAGAAGAACUGCUGGGUUAAAUCAGAGAUCCCCAACCCUCCUCCCCCACGCUGCUCUCACCAGGCAGUGGUAGUUCCCCAGGGCGGGGGACAGCUCUGGGUGUUUGGGGGAGAGUUUGCCUCUCCAAACGGGGAACAGUUCUACCACUACAAGGACCUUUGGGUGCUGCACCUGGCUACACACACCUGGGAGAACAUCAAGGCGCCUGGUGGUCCAUCAGGUCGCAGUGGCCACCGGAUGGUCCUCAGCAAGAAACAGCUGCUGGUCUUUGGAGGUUUCCAUGAGAGCACCAGGGAUUUUAUCUACUACAAUGAUGUCUACUCUUUCUCCCUGGACACCUUCUCCUGGUCACGCCUUGCUCCGUCAGGCACCGCCCCUUCCCCACGCUCCGCCUGUCAGAUGACCCCCACGCCCGACGGCACAGGAGUCAUCAUCUACGGGGGAUACUCUAAAGUGAGAGUGAAGAAGGAUGUCGACAAGGGGACCAUCCACUCUGACAUGUUUCUUCUAAAGCGAGAGGGUAAAGACGGCCAAGAGAAGUGGUCGUGGUCCAGGGUGAGCCCCUCUGGUAGCAAGCCCCCUCCACGCUCUGGGUUCUCCUUGGCGGUGGGCCCAGCGGGGCGUGCGGUGCUGUUUGGUGGGGUUUGUGAUGAGGAGGAGGAGGAGUCUCUGGAGGGCGACUUCUACAAUGACCUCUAUUUGUACGAUACAGUGAAGAACCGCUGGUUCCCUGGCCUGCUCAGGGGAAACAAGUCAGAGAAGAAGAAACGACGGAGGGGGAAGAAGGGUGGGGCAGAGGGGGAGGGAGCAGAGAACGAGGAGGAGGAGGGGCAGGUGGCACCUCAAGCACCCACUGAGGUCAUCAAGGAGAUUGUGACGGAGGAUGGCACAGUGAUGACCAUCAAGGAAGUGAUCCCUGGAGCUCAGGAGGAUGAGGAGGAGGAAGAGGAAGAGGAAGAGGAGGAGGACGAUGGUUCAGCCUCGGCCCCUCUGGUGGAGCCAUGCCAGAGGUCCAGUGCCAUGGCAACGGUGCGUCAGGGCAAGCUCUUCCUAUACGGGGGGAUGUUUGAGGUUGGCGACCGCCAGUUCACCCUGAACGACUUCUACUGCCUGGACCUCCACAAGAUGGACCAGUGGGAGGUUCUGGUUGAAAUGGACCCGAAGACACAGGAGUGGCUGGAAGAGUCUGAGUCAGAGGAUGAUGAUGAAGAGGAGGAGGAGGAGGAGGAGGCGAAAGGAGCAGAAGGAGAGGAAGAGGAGGAUGAGUCUGAAAAGGAAAGCGAGGAUGAGGAAGAUGAAGAAGAGCACCCCGCAGUGCAGGAGGGAGAGACAGUGACGGAUUACCAGACCCGUACAGAGCAGUACUGGAUAGGACUGGCACGUGCCAACAUGGGCCCCGACGCCAAGGACAAAAAGGUCGCCAAGGUCGCCCUUGCGAUGUCUAAAGUCUUCUAUGAAGACCAGUAGUGGGAUACGCCAGAGUGUCUGAGUGACUAUGGGGUUUGUCCAUGGGGUUUUGAGGACAAUGGUAACGGCUAGAGCCCUACACCGGCCAAAAACUGCAGCCUGACUCCGGCCAGAGACACCGAAUAUCACUUAAAGCUCUCUAUGAUACACGCAAAAACACCCACGCUACUAAUGGGUCUAUUUAUUUGAGGCCUCAAACAUAAUUACCAAUGCCACCAACAAUAAUGCCCACUAAUAUUAAUAAUUAAUUAAAGCUGCAAGCAGCGUGGAGCGGGACCUCGCACUCCACGCAACUCGGGGCGUUCUGCGGCCGCGUCACGUGCCGUUGUAACACGUGCGGACCACAACAUGAAAAUUUCACAUAAAUCAGCUCAAAAUAGCCACGCAGCACUUACUUCCUGUUGCCAGUAGGUAGCGCUUUCACUAUAUCUGAAUAUUGUCAUGUAGACGUGUUCAGGGCCGGACUGUUAUUGAACAUGUCAAGUUUCAUUGAGAUUGGACCAUGUACUCUGAAGUUGUGAGGACUUGUUCAGGGUCGAACUGUCAUAGAAUAUGUGAAGUUUAGUGGAGUACUAUCUGUUUAAUGGCCAAUUGGCAGAAUUUGACACGUCGUCACCGGCAUGCGGGUCGAAGUACAGUCACUAAUAGCACAACUUUUAAUUAGCACCAUUUUUUGACUGUACUGACCAAUUUUGAAGUAGAUCCGAUAAAUUCCCUAGGAGGAGUUCGUUCAAAUACAACGCAAAAACACGUUGAAAAUCACUGCGAAAUGGCGGAAAUGACAUCACUGCUUGACAUACGAUUCAACCUGGCCAAAUUUGACAGCACGCCACGGACACAACCUUUAAUAUAUGUGCAUAAAUAGCACAACUUUUCAUCGGCAACAUACUUUGACUGUAAUGACCAAUUUUGAAGCAGAGCAGAUGAAUUCCCUAGGAGGAGUUCGUUCAAAUACAACAUGAAAAAUCACAGAAAAUGACAAUUGCCACGCCACGGACACUCCCUUUAACGUACAUGCACAAAUAGGACAACUUUUAAUCAACAACAUUUUCUAUCUUUACUGACCAAUUUUGAAGUAGAUUGAUGAAUUCCCUGGGAGGAGGAGUUCAAAUACAAGGCGAAAAAUGGCCGAAAAGGGCUGCGAAAUUCAACAUGGCCAACUUUGACGGCACGCCACGGACACGCCCUUUAAUGUACGUGCACAAAUAGCACAACUUUUAAUUAGCACCAUUUAUUGACUGUACUGACAGACACUGACCGAAGGUGAAAAAUGAAAAUCAAAAUUGCCGACUUCCCGUGGGGUUUGGGGUAUGGGUCCAAGAGGCUUUUUUGUACGUAUCGGCAUGUUACACGUGCCUUCCGAGUUUCAUACAUAUCAGUGAAACGUGGCGCCGGGGCUGCUUUUUUAAAAUCCUGUAGGGGGCGCUACAAACAUGACAAACACUAUUUUUGGUAUGUGAGCUACAGGCACCACUCUACACGUGUCCUGUGAAUUUCAUAUUCAUAACUCUUACGGUCUCUGCAUAGUGAUGUAUCUUGCCACCAGAGCGCCACCUUGACACAUUUUUUAGGGAGCCUUAGGGAGCCAUGGGCAAGCAUCGUACCAAGUUUCUUUUUAAUCACACGUGCCGUUGCAUAAACUUCUUCAUUUUGAAGAGCGCCACCUUGUGGCGAUGGCCUGAAAUUGUGCACAAUGCCUAAGGAAGACAUGGGGAACUAUCGACCCAAGUUUGGCAUCAAUUGGACAUAGCAAUGUGGAGAAAUGGUCCACUUCCUUUUUUUUGACGAAAAAUCAACAGGUCCUAGAAGUCCUAAUUUUAUAAUGUGCUUGUUUUUUGAAAUAUCAAAAUUCUUUAAAAUACUUUUUUAUUAGGAUGGUCCCCAGAUCUUACAUGAAAGAUUCUGUGCGAAUCGGACAAAGCGCGUAGGAGAAACACGAAAAAGUAGUUUAUGGACAUUUCGCGCUCUAGCGAAGGAAAAGUUAUAGGUGACAGUGGGCAUGGCCUAUAUGGGGAGAUUCAGCUCCGUUCACUGAACUUGUGGAUAUAAGGUUUUUGAAUGUGUGACAAACUAUGCAGAAGUUAUUAGCCUAAACACACUUUUUAUGAUAGUAGCGCCACCUAGUGGCCAACCUGAAAGCAACGCAUAAAAUAUCCCCAUUUUUACCAGGCCUGACAACUUUGCCAAAUAAAAUUGACUUUUCGUAUAUGUUCAGGGGGGCAAAAAUGCAGUCAAAGGGGGCUAAAAAUAAUAAUAAGAAACAUAGCAAAUACAAUAGGGACCUCCAGCGGUCGCUGGCUCGGUCCCUAAUUAACUGUCAAUAACAGUGAAGCAUUAGCAUAUAGUAUAGAAUAUAGACAAUCUAUGUCAUCCUAGGCUGGGCAAUAAAAUAAUAGUGAUUUACAGAUGGGUGACAAAUUAAAGGAAAAACCAACAUAAGUGUUAGAAACAAACACCAGUGUCUUUGUACAACUCUCCGGACCUCUACUGGAGGGAUGACCACCAUUAUUCCAAAAGAUAUUCUCUCAUUUUGUGUUUUGACGAUGGUGGUGUAGGGAGCUGUUUAAUACGUCAGUCUAAAAUAUCCCAUAGGUGUUUGAUUGGGUUGAAAUCCGGUGAAUGCAAAGGCCAUAGCGUGUGAUCCGCAUAAUUGUCAUACUAAUCAAACCAUCCAGUGACUCCAUUGUGCCCUAUGAAUGGGGGCAUUGUCAUCUUGGAAGAGACCACUCCCGUCAAGUGGACCCAAAUCAAUGCAUGAAAUGCAAACCGAAAGAACAUAACGAAUCAAAUACACCCAUCAUCAUCAUAUCUGUUGAGAAUUGAGCGUGCUAUGAGUGAAUCACCAUAACUGCCCUUUGGGGUCUCCACAGGCAGUCCACGAUGGAGAGGUACUCAGUAACAACACCAUAUGACAAAACAUGAACCUUACUACCUGUGUGCUUUGAUAAACAAAGUGGUUAGAUUUGAAAUAAAGUAGUUAAAUUCAACCUUUUUCCCAUCUAGUCUUUAAUAAAAAGAUCUCAUUAAAAAUCAUCAAUAAUUACUGAUAUCAACUGUAAUGAAACAUUGUAUUAUGAAAGUCCUACGUGAUCCAGUAAGCAUAAGUAAAUAAAGAUUUACCUUUUUUUGAUGGUAAAUACCUUUACAGAAACUGAUUAUUUUUGUAGUGGUAAUCAAAUCAAAAGUCUUCAAAAAUGCAGCUUUUCCUCACUCCCUGUGGCUUUGACACAAAAUAUAUGAAACAAAAUUAAUAAUAAUAAUCAUAAUAAUAAUAAUUACACACCAAAUAAAAUAAAUCUUUUAACAUUUAAUUUGCUAAAAUGUGCAUCAUACGUUACGUCCUGACUUUCCGCCUUUUCCCAAGCUAGGCUAGCUAUGGAUUCAAAAUAAACAAGAAGAAAAAGUCUGGGAGGAAAAUAGAGAAUUUAUUACUGCGUGGACAGAUUAGUUUGCUUUGACAACCAACUGGCUUAUAAAAAUAACAAUAAUAAAGACAACAUUAAGGACACAAGAAAAAGAUCCAUAGCAAUAAAAACAGACAAAAUAUACAAAAAUACAACAACAAAACACUGUAAAUACAUAGCAAUACACAUGCAACUUCAUAAGAUAAAGGCAGGUAUCAAUAAAUUGCACCCACAUACGAACUGGAGCCAGUGGCUACAGUUUGGAUGAAAACCUGAAUGAGUUCGACUCAGGAUUGGCCAUAAAAAUGCAGACAGCCUGCACAAACAGUAUAUUUGUACAUAAGAUUCUGUAUCACAGCAGAGCAGGUAGGCACACCGACAUUAACAAGCAUUUGGCUGGUACUGCAGCAUGAUGGGGAAUGAUGGAAGUUUAAGAAGCAGUUUCAUGGCAACAUCACUUCACAGUCUGCAUGUUGCUUUUUCUGUAGGAGUGCCACAGGUGGGCAGUAUAUAGCGGGGAACGGGGAGCUCUAAAUAAAGUAAACCUUUUAAAAAAUUGUUUACUUGAUCUGCGGUGGUAAAUUAGCAUUAUAAGGCUCAAAUAAAUUCUGUGGCUCCAAACUGAUUUGUUGGCUCUUUGAUAGAAGAGGUUGCUGACCCCUGACCUACCUUUUAACAACUUGCAAAUAUUGAUUGAAUGUGCAAGGAAAACCAACAAUGUAGUGCUUGAAAAUUGAACAAAUUAACAUGUAUGUGGGAGUUAUGAAACUUUUCCACUUAAAAUAUGUUGUGAAUAAAGGCCCACAAAAAUAGCAGACUGCAGAAAGUAAACAAAAGUACUGGUUAAAAUAAAAAUGUGGUAUUUCUUAAC